AUCGAGCAUAUUUACAAGUAGGAGGAUGGUGUUUGGUCUUACUCUAAAGCUACUGCUAGAAAGGAUGGAUGUUUGUGGGAUACCAAUGGGCACAUUCUCUAUUCUCCUCUUCCUUGUUGUGUCCCUUUGCCUGGAUUUGAAAACAUACGGUUUUGUGUUUCACAAUAUGAUGAUAAAGACAGAGUAUUGUUAAGAAAUCUGUGUUUUGUACUUGGGGCCAAGUUUGUGGAGAAGCUGACAAAGAAGGUAAGCCAUCUAAUAUGCAAGUUCACGGAUGGGACAAAGUAUGAGGCUGCUUGUAAAUGGGGGAAACAAUGCAUUACAGCUGAAUGGAUAUAUGAGUGUGUCAGACAAGGAACUUUGCGAUUUUGUUGCUUUUCAAUUAUAUAUGUUCAUAUACAUGCAUAUCCUGAUAGAAUUCUAGACCCAUUGUGUUUAUAUUUCUUCUCUUAGAUAUGGAAUGAUUUUGUUUGAAUACAAAAUUUUCAGAGAAAGAUUGUUUCUCUUGAUUUGUAUCGCCCAAAAGAAGUUACAGCUCAAGACAGAGUGACAUGCUUGUGCACUGUCAGCCAAUUUCCUACUCAAGCUGCCCCAAUGAUAGCCAAUGAAAGCGUAUCCCAGUUUCCUAUCCAUUCUGCCAUUCUGAGAGACCAAUCAGCUGGAGCUAACAGUAGCUCUAUAGGAGCAGCUGAACGAAUAAGUUCUACUAAAAGAAGGCGCAAGUUAUUUGACGAAGCCAUACAAAAGCGUUCAGUUUUUGUUGGAAACAGUUCCACUCAAUCUGACUGCAAUUUGAAUUCCACAAAACAAACUACAUCAAAAUCUUCUGUAGUAACUUCACACGUUCCUGAUGUCGCUUCCGCAAUCGAGGACUUGUUGGAGCAGACAACUAAGCCAUGUCUUUGAAGAACUUGAAGAACUCCCCCUUUUCCUUCCCCAGAAGAAAGUUCACUCACAGUUCAUCAUCAAAAACCACCGUAGCCGAUCGUGGGGAUCCUAACGAUCCCCGAGUAAGAUUAAAACGUGAUUGCGUUGGGAUUAUGGCUGCUUUCAAACUUGGGCAGCCUUUUCAUCAUGUUGUAAUUCUAGCCAACACCCAUCUUUGUUGGGAUCCAGAAUGGGCUGAUGUGAAGCUCGCUCAGGCUAAGUAUCUUUUAUCACGCCUAGCUCGAUUCAAAUCUUUAGUUGCUGAAAAGUUUGAAUGCACACCCUCAGUACUUUUGGCUGGCGAUUUCAAUUCAACCCCAGGAGAUAAGGUACACAUUGUGUUAUACACUUAUGUAUGUAAUAUACUGAAGAUGGGACCGUUGGGCAUAUAUGACGGCUUUAGUGAAACACAAACGGAGUCUCAGGUUGAAUGGUGUUGUUUAAAACCAAUUUGAAUUGUUGAAGUCCCUUAACUUCCUAAGAUGUCUCUCCAUAUCUUGUCUAGUUUUGGUCCUCUAUUCUUUCUCGAUUACUGUGGUCGGGUCAUCUCGUUCACUCUAGAUUGCAUUGAGAGUAUAGGGGAUUAAGCAAUAAACAAAGCAUAAAAUGCUCAUAAAAUGCUAAUGAAAUCUGGUAGAUGAGAAACGGAUAUCGAAUGGAUGAUCUUGAAAGAGUUUCCAUUGUCCCAAACUACGAGCAAGUCGCUUCUCCUGUCCCUAUCUCUUACUUCUGUUACUGUGACUGUGUUAGAGCAAAAGGAAGUAGUUUAAACCCUUUUAACAGACUAGAAGCAGCUUGAAAUCUUCAAUUCGACUUGAAGUUUAGAACUUCACUUAUUACUGAAACAGUGCAAAAGCCAAGAAAAAAAAGUCUUACCAGGACUUUUGCCCUAGUGAUUGACUUGGUUUUUGAAUCAAUUACAUAUAUUUUCUCAAAAUCUAGGAUAAAUUCAGGGUCCCACAGCCUUCGAUUUUUGAAGUGCUUCGUCAAGAAAACCUGCAAAAGAUAAAUGAAUUGUUUGCACAUUCUUAUAUCUUUUGUCCACAUUCCCAUCCUGAAGAGAAGACCAUCACAUGCAUAAUAUUCUUAAAUUUCAAACGUCGUUGAGUCAAUGAACGUCACUUUGUAUAACUAUGCUAGCUACUUCUAUUCUAACGUAUCGCGGCGAAACCUAUACUCGGAUUUACAAAGAAAUGGAAGAGUCCAUUAAAUUAUCAUCACUUUCACUAGAAAUAGAAAAAUAGAGUGAACAAUCAUCAAAUUCUUAAGUCCAACCUUACCUUAAGAACCUCCUUUUCAGACUUGUAUAAUGGAUCUCUAGGUGCAUCAAUAGGUGGUUCUAUGACAUUGUAGCAUCCAUAAUCACUCUAAGCACAUCUAAUAUACUGCAGUUGUGAAGAAAAGUAUGAUCAUACACUACUGAAAUUCCUUAAAAUCUUAUUUUGGUCCUUGAACUAUGAUGUUUGUUCCAUAUUGUUCUAUUAACUUUUAAUUAUUGUGUUUAAGUCCCUUAACCUUCAAUAAGUCAGUUUUAGUCUCAGAUUUCUUCAUCAAAUUAACUGUUAACUUACCAACCGUUCUUCCACAAAAACUUAAAUGACCGUCUGUAAACAUUUGCCGACUGACUAAAUGAACAUGCUAAAUUGAAAUCUGUUUAUAGAAAAUGAUUGAAACUUUUCACAAAGGAGAUGAACAGAGACUAGUGCUUCAACAUACAAAAGGAUACAACAAAAACAUAGCAUAAUGUAAACAAUUAACCACAGAGGAUUAAAGUAAAUGUGGUAAGACUGAAGUAAUAAGACUUCAAAAAGUAAAUGAAAACUUAGAGAGGCGUGAUAAAUGCCGGCCAAUUGCACUAGUUAUUGUUAAUGUAAAGUUAAUGAAAAUGGCUAAACUAACAGGUUAAGUUUCUGUUCAUUUGUUAGUUAAAAACUAAUGAAAAUGGUUGAAACGGGUUUUUAAUCUAGAGUUCAAGACUAAAACAUAAUAAUUUACACCAUUUUAUCAUGUAUAUAAAUGCAAAGAAAGAACAAUAAUACCUUUUGAGGCAUUGGAGGGAGCAAGAACUUUGGGGACGACAUAAACAUCAGUAUCCGGAGGAGUAACAUACAUCUACAACCAAGAAACACAUCAACGAAAACUUUUUUUAACUAUCAAAUGAAUCUGAUAAAGCCAAGUUUGAAAUGAAACUAAGCAAAUUUUGCCACUAACCUCUCUAAAAUCAUAAACAUCGCUGUUGGAAUCCGACGACUUCCUAAUGAAGAAAUGACAGUGCAUAAAACUAAUCUUAUGAAAUUCCUCCUCAUUUAUCCUAUAAUCCACAAUCAUCUCCGAAUCCCAUCCCUGUGUGAACACGAAGCUUUUGCUCUGCACAAUCGAGAUAUUCUCAUCGCCAACGUCGUCGGAACCCGCUGCUGCAGCUAUCGCGGCGACUAGGGGAUCGUACUCGAUGUCGAAAUCUUUGUUGCUGUUGAAUUCCUCCAUUUCCUCAUCGUCCAUGUCGUAGUCAUCGGGACCACCACUAUCACCGUUGCCAUCGCCGGAGAAGACUCGACAAGGGUUUCUUCUAGGGAGGAAGAGAGGAGAUGCAGAUGGAGUGGAUUUCCGAUAGGGCAGGCUUGGGAGGUGGGGAAGAGAGGUUGCGGAGGAGAUGGAGGAGACUCAAAGAUGGUUGAUUGUGGGGGCGGCAACGACGAGGAGAGGAGGAAGACAGUGGAGUUCAUGAGGACGCAAACUCUGUUAAGCGGGCACCGAAGAAUUCGAACGCUCUUGUGUUGAGUUUGUUGAUGGACACUGUCAGGUGGAUAAUGUUAAAAAUAAUUAAAAUGAAUAUUUUUAAAAACAUUCAAAAAAAUCGUUAAUAUUAUGAAAAUGGUCAAAUACUGUCAGUUUUGGGUCUACCAUUUAAAAAAUAGCAUACAUUUUUUUUAUAUUCGUCUGUUUUUCUCACAGAGACUGCUUUUUUCACAGCUUUAGCCGAAUUCAAUUAUGAGAUUUCUUAUUUUGUAUUUAAAAUUUAAAAUAAAUGCUAUUAUACAAUUACCAAAAUAUUUUCCA